CAUUUAAUUUUCCAAUUAACUAGCAUAUUUUGAUUCAUUGCAGGCAGCACUUGUAAGUGACCACUAUCCCAUUGAAAUGCAAAUUUACUCGAAGGACCUGGCUGGCUAUUCCACGAAGACAGUUGAAUACACCUUUAAAGUGAAGCAACAUCCAAGCUUGAGCCGGUACAAAGUUUAUGGAAUGAGGAAGAGAAACUCCAUUAAAGCUGCAGGAAUCGCGGUAGAAACAACUUACACUUCGACAAUCACCAGGGUCGCAUUCAGGAAAGACUUUAAGAACUUGAAAGAAGCUAUGAAUGUUCUUCGUGACAUAAAAGAUAUUUUCUUGACUGCUAAUAUGGUUUCUAUCGAUCAGAUUCAAAAUACAGAGUUCCACUUGAAAGGAUCGUGGGAAAAGGAAAACCAGUUGUUGGUUAAGAAACCUGGAGCUGUUAAGAUCGUUUGUGAAACUAACCCCAUAACCACCUGCUGGAUUGCUGUGUUACUGACCUGACUAACGAUCAACCGAAAAACAUACAGUGAUGUGAAACGGAGUUUUGUUUUCCGAGUUUAUCGUAAAUUUGAUGGUGAUGUUAUACAAGAUGCGAAAUUUAUCCUUUUGCUAACAACGCAGAAUAAAUGAAAAGUAGUAGCAGGCCAUGUUUUCUUCUGUGUUCGCUCGUUUAAACG